AUGGCCGAAAGCGAGAGCAGCGGAGUGCGGGUGUGCGUCACCGGAGGCGCCGGGUUCAUCGGCUCCUGGCUCGUCAGGAAGCUCCUCGAGAAAGGCUACACCGUCCACGCCACCCUGCGGAACACCGGAGACGAGGAGAAGGCGGGUCUGCUGCGGCGGCUGGUCCCCGGCGCGGCGGAGCGGCUGCGGUUGUUCGACGCUGACCUCUUUGACGCCACCACCUUCGCGCCGGCGAUCGCUGGGUGCCAGUUCGUCUUCCUCGUCGCCACGCCAUUCGGGCUCGAAAACGCCGGCUCCAAGUAUAAGAGCACGGCGGAAGCUGUAGUGGACGCUGUGCGCGCGAUCCUCCGGCAAUGCGAGGAGUCCAGGACGGUGAAGCGAGUGAUCCACACCGCCUCCGUAUCGGCCGCUUCGCCGCUGAAGGAGGAGGUCUCCGGCGUCACCGGGUACAAAGAUUUCAUCAGCGAAUCUUGCUGGACUUCGCUCAACGUUGACUAUCCUCUCCGAAGUGCACACUUCGAUAAGUACAUACUGUCCAAGCUGCAGUCAGAGCAGGAACUCCUGAGCUACAACGGCGGCGAGAGCCCGGCGUUCGAGGUGGUGACCCUGGCCCUGGGCCUCGUCGCCGGCGACACGGUCCUCGGCCGUGCCCCGGAGACGCUGGAGAGCGCCGUGUCGCCCGUGUCCUGCAACGAGCCGCUCUUCGGGCUCCCGCGCAUCCUGCAGCAGCUCCUGGGAUCGCUGCCGCUGGUGCACGUCGACGACGUCUGCGACGCGCUCAUCUUCUGCAUGGAGCGCUGCCCCUCCAUCGCCGGCCGCUACCUCUGCGCCGCCGCAUACCCGACGAUCCACGACGUGGUCGGACACUACGCCAGGAAGUUCCCUCACCUCGACAUCUUGAAAGAGACGGAGGCGGUGGCGAGGGUGCAGCCUGACCGGGACAGGUUGGGCGAGCUGGGUUUCAAGUACAAGUACGGCAUGGAAGAGAUUCUUGACAGCAGUGUUGCCUGUGCGGCGAGAUUAGGUUCUCUUGAUGCAUCCAAGCUCAGCGUGCAGAAAGGAUAA